AUGGGGCGGCACUGGGGGUCCGCCAUGAAGGCGGCCGAGCAGGCAGGCUGCGUGGUGAGCGCCUCUCGGGCCGGCCAGCCGGAGGAGGGGUCGUGGAGCUGCAGCGGGGUGAUCCUGAGCCGCAACCCAGGCCUGGUUCUGUGCCACGGGGGCAUCUUCACCCCCUUCCUGAGGGCGGGUAGCGGGGCCCUGACCGCGGCCGGAGCCACCUUCCUUCCCGGCGACAGUUGCGGCGACGACCUGUGCUUGCAAGUGCAGUGGAGCCCAACGGCCGCGAUUCCAACAGGCCGCGCGGAGCGGGGCCGACCGGGCUUGUGCACGCCCCAGUGCGCGGGCCCCGAGCCCGGCCUGCCAGCCCGGCCUCGCGGGCGGCCCCUGCAGUUCCCGCGAGCCGCUGAGUUGCUGCUGCUGCUGAGCUGUCCAACCUUCCGGGCCCACUUCGCGCGCCUCUUCGGAGGCGAGGCAGCCGAGCAGUGGCGCUUUGCAAGCGGGGCGCCGGACGACGAGGUGUCGGAAGACGGAGAGGAGGAUCAGCUGAGAGCGCUGGGCUGGUUCGCGCUACUGCGCUUGCGUCCUGGCGAGGCAGCGGCAGAGACGGACGAAGAGGAACGCGGGGCGGCGGUGGUCGUAGCGCCUCUGGGGGCCGUGCCCAAGGGCGCGCCGCUGCUGGCCUGCGGCUCCCCGUUCGGCGCCUUCUGUCCGGACAUCUUCCUCAACACGCUAAGUCGCGGCGUUCUCAGCAACUCUACGGGUCCGUUGUUGCUCACUGACGCGCGCUGCCUGCCGGGCACGGAGGGCGGCGGCGUGUUCGCGGCGCGGCCUGCGGGCGCGCUCGUGGCGCUCGUGGCGGCGCCACUUUGUUGGAAAGCACGCGAGUGGGUGGGCCUCACUCUGCUUUGCGCUGCCGCCCCACUUCUCCGUGCAGCCCGCGUCGCGCUUGCCCACCUGCGCCCGGGUUCCGCGGUCCUAGCCUCUCAGUUGCCUCCUGAGUUGGGCGCCCCGCGGGGCCUGGCCCUCCAAGACCCCGAGCCCCCUUGGGUAGCUACGGCCGUGCUGGUGGAGUGCGGCACAGUAUGGGGCUCUGGAGUGGCCGUGACACCCCGCCUCGUGGUGACCUGCCGGCAUGUGGCCCCUCGGGAGGCGACCAGGGUCCUGGUGCGCUCCGCCAUCCCCAAGAGUGCUGCCAUCUGGGGACAUGUGGUGUUUGCUACCCAGGAGAUGUCUCCCUAUGACAUAGCGGUGGUGAGCCUGGAGAAGGGCCUGGACGGUGUCCCCAUGCCUGUUCCUGCUAAGCACUUCCAUGAAGGUGAGGCUGUCAGCGUGGUGGGCUUCGGCGUCUUUGGCCAGGCUUGCGGGCCCUCAGUGACCUCGGGCAUCCUGUCAGCUGUGGUGCAUGUGGAUGACAAGCCGGUGAUGCUACAGACCACGUGUGCUGUGCACGGCGGCUCCAGUGGAGGACCUCUCUUCUCCACCAACUCAGGGGACCUCCUGGGCAUCGUCGCCAGCAACACCCGGGACAAUAACACGGGGGCCACCUACCCCCACUUGAACUUUAGCAUUCCCAUCACGGUGCUCCAGCCAGCCUUGCAGCAGUACAGUGAGACCGGUGACCUGUGUGGCCUCCGCCAGCUGGACGGUGCCACCGAGCCAGUUCAGGUGGUGUGGCGGCUGCAGAGGCCCCUGACAAAGACCCUCAGAAGCAAGCUCUGA